AUGCUGGCAUGUGUGAGUGUGCAUGGGGUUGUUUGGAUUAGAGUGGGCCUGGACGACCGAUGUCAUGACUGGGUUGUGGGCAAGCCCCGGAAAGGUACAGGCCCGCGCGUCUGGAACAUGUCCGACCUCGUCACUGGCGCAGGACAAGGUUUGAGUCAUCGCGAUGAUGCAUGUCGUAACCACAACUCAUUUCAUCCAUGCUCUCCUCGACUCGAAUGGGCCGGACGAGUGUGA